AUGCAAAGUAUUCUGGACAUCGACAUUCUGCCAGCCCAGCACUCCAGUGUUUCCACGAUGGCCCACGUCUUCAUCAAUUCAUUUGACCUAGAUGGUUCCGUCAAACUCAUGUAUACAAAAGAUGAAAUUGUGCCAAUUAUACAAGAGAUCCUCCACGACUACAUCGACGAUGACGCCAUCCAGUUCAGACUAGCUGUGGCUCGGCAUACAAGACGCCUCGCUGGCUGGAUGUCUUUUGGCGUCAUACCUGCACUGGGGCGAGUGCCGGAAUUUGCAUUCAACGAGAUGACAAGCUGGGCAGCGCAGAAAUUGAUACAUAGCUACGCGAGCGACUAUCGCUACCCUCUCGCCGCGCAGCUAGAAGACAGAUCUCGCCAUGGCCAGAGUCUCCACAUGCUCAGACAUAGGCUAGUGAUAAACACCAUCGUCACCGACCCAGAGUACAGGCGUCUCGGCGUUGCUGGGAAGCUCUUGAGGUGCGCCGUGGACCGUGCUAGAAGCACUGACUGGGCCAUAUGGGUCCAGACCCCAACUGUAUACGAGGGUUUGUUCUGGCGUAACGGAUUUCAUGACGUCGGUACCUUCGGUUUGGAUCUCAAUGCCUUCAAGCCUCCGGAGGAAGUGGCUAUGGGUGUUCAUGGGAGACAACUCGGCAUACAGACAUGGAGGCAGAUGAAGCUAGGUAGCAGAGCCGAAUCGCUGCUGGAAAGGGCGAUAGCUGAGACGGCCGAGGCCGAAGGUACUCGUGGACAUGUGCCCAAUCCGAGGAGCACGUCCCCUCCGUCCUCGGCUUCUGCAAACACUACGACCCACUAG